AUGCUCAUCGCCCGCCAGGCCACCCGUCUCGCCUCGAGGAGGGCUUCCGCUCCCUCGGUCGGCACCGUCCGCCUCCUGCGCUCCACCCCGGGCCAGUCGCCCCCCGACUCGGCCCAGAGCCAGACCCCUCAGCCCGCCAGUCCGCUCCCCGACUCGUCGUCGUCCACCUCGGCCCCUCGCGAGACCCAGACCGGCGCCACGGCCUCGGCCGACGACGUCCCUCCCCUCAGCAGCACCGACGCCCCCACCGCCGCCGACGCCCCGAGCCCGGCCUCGCAGGUCCCGCCCGUCAACGCCUUGUCGCAGCGCCAGAACUCGCUCGCCGAGGCCUUCCUCGACCUGCACCCGGACGUCUCGCCGCGCACCGACGAGGAGCGCCAGGGGAGCCAGUUCCCGGGCGAGACGACGGGCGCAAAGGCGCGCGGCGCGGGCAAGUCGUCGAUCGAGAAGAAGCGCGCCUUCCUCGCGCGCGCGGCCGGUCUCGCGACGCUCGGCGGCCUCGCGUGGGCCGUGUACGACCUCGGCAAGGACUGGGACGACGACGAGGAGAAGAAGAAGAUGUUUGCCCGGAGCGACGACGCGCAGGCCAUCGAGGAGGCGCAGGAGGGAGGCUGGGCCGGUUGGUGGGGCAGGCUCAAGAUCCGUGCGGCCGACCACCUCGACUACCUCAACAAGCCGGCAUGGGACCCCCUUCUGCCGCCGCCCUUGCCCGAGCCUCACUACCGCCCGUACACGCUCGUGAUCGACCUCGAGGACAUGCUCACGCACGACAACUGGGACAUCGAGCACGGCUGGCGGACAGCCAAGCGCCCGGGCGCCGACUACUUCCUCGCCUACCUGUCGCAGUUCUACGAGAUCGUCCUCUUCACCACCCUCCCGUCUUAUCUCGCCAUCCCGCAGAUCGAGCAGAUCGACCCGUACGGCGCCUACAUCCCGUGGAAGCUGUUUAAGGAGGCGACGCGGUACAAGAACAACGCGCACAUCAAGGACCUGUCGUACCUGAACCGGCCGAUCGAGCGCACCGUCAUGCUCGACGUCGACCCGGAGCGGACCCAGCUCCAGCCCGACAACUCGAUCGUGCUCAAGCGGUGGGAGGGCACCCGCGGCGACGCGACCGCCAACGAGCUCGUCGCCAUGAUCCCGUUCCUCGAAGCUCUCGCCAUCAAGGGCGUCAAGGACGUGCGCCCCGUCAUCAAGCACUACGAGGGCAAGCACAUCCCGACCGCGUACGCCGAGGCCGAGCUCAAGGCCAAGCAGGAGCUCCUCGACCAGUGGGAGGCGCAGAAGAGCGACACGAGCGUCAAGGGCUGGAUCGGCUCGCUCUUUGGCGGCCUCACCAAGGGCACUAUCCGCGAUGCCCCGCCCGAGACGGACGUCGAGAAGGUGCGCAAGACGGCGCAGAAGCUGUACCUCGACGAGCAGAAGUACUGGCGCGACAACGCCGAGACGAUCAACGCCCAGAUCGAGGAGGACAAGCAGCGCCAGCUCAAGGAGAUGUCGAGCUCGCUCAUCGGCAUGAUGGGCCUCAAGCCGCCGGCGCCGCCGCAGCAGGCGUGA